UUCCGCGUCAUUACCGAUUGCUACAUGACUGCACAAUCUGAAUGAUUCCAUGGAGACUCCAAACGAAGCGAGACCGUACUCAUCCCUCCCCCAAUUCCAACCCAACUACAGCCAGGGAGCUCCCAUGUCCGACCAAGCUCCAGAGAACAACUACCUGGCGCACGACUACCUCUACGAGCCGUCGCUGGAACCAGACUUCCCGUCAGAAUACGGUUCCAGGGAAGACCCCUUCGCCACAGCACGGGCUAGCCCAACCAUCAAUCUGAAGACCGUUCUGGGCGGUAUCGCGGCGAUUGUUUCAGGCGCAAGUAAGGGUGAGGACGGCGUGUCGCAGCAGCAGAAUUUCGGCACGGGUGUGUCGUUUCUAGCGUCGGGCAAGGACGGUGGUCUGCACCCGUCUGUCUGCGUUCCGAGCGCGCCGCCGCUGCUUGAGGAAAACGCUAUGCAGUUCAGCGCGUACAAGGAGGUGUUGCUGGCGGAUCCCCCGGAGUGGUUGCCGGAUAGCUCUACCAGUGUGUGCCUGCAGUGCAGCAAUCCUUUCACGGCACUGACUCGGGGGAGGCACCACUGCCGCUUCUGCGGAGGUAUAUUCUGCAAGGAGUGCUCCAAGGGGAGGUGUUUGAUGCCCAUGAAGUUCAGGCAGCGUGAUCCUCAGAGGGUGUGCGAUGCUUGCUAUGAUAGGCUUGAUCCUCUCCAGGGCUUGUUGAUCAACUACAACAGUAACGCCAUGCAGCCUGCGAAACAUGAUGUCAUGGAUUGGACAAGUACGAGGAGCUGGUUGAACUUGCCUGUUGGAUUAUCGAUGGAGUAUGAGCUGUACAAGGCAACGAAUACGCUCAGGAAAUAUUGCCAGGUGUCUAGACUAAAUCCUGAGAAGUCCAUCCCAUCAUCUAUCCUCAAGGGAGCAAAGGGGCUUGCUGUGCUCACAGUUGCCAAGGCAGGUGCAGUUCUUACGUACAAAAUGGGCACUGGACUUGUAGUUGCUCGCAGAUCAGAUGGAUCAUGGUCUGCCCCGUCUGCGAUUUUAUCUGUUGGAUUGGGAUGGGGAGUUCAGAUUGGAGGAGAAUUGACAGAUUUUAUAAUCGUGCUUCAUGAUCUUAAAGCUGUCAAGGCAUUCAGUAGCCGCCUGCAUCUUUCUCUUGGGGCAGGAUUGAGUGCGGCAGCAGGACCAAUCGGCAGAGCCCUUGAAGCAGAUGUUCGAGCAAGUGAAAAAGGUUCUGGUAUAUGCUACACUUACAGCUGCAGCAAAGGUGCCUUUGUUGGGAUCUCACUGGAAGGAAAUGUGGUGACGACCAGAUCAGACACCAAUCUGCGCUUCUACGGGGACGCUUACUUGACCACAACCGAUAUUCUGUUUGGGAGGGUGGAGAAGCCCAGAGCUGCCCAACCCUUGUACAAAGCUCUAGAUGAUUUAUUCUCCAAAAUGGUUUGCUAGUUCUAGUCAUGUUAGCAUUAGCAUUCACCAUGUACAUAUAUCUGUAAAAGAUGCUAGGAAAUCCCCUGAAAAAAAUAUCAAGAAAAUGUACAUAUUUUAUUGGAUGGGUUCAUAGCAAGUAUGUAACCCGCAUGUAAAUAUUGCCAGGAUACUGUACGCUAUCUAAUCUAUGGUUUCUA